AUGACAGCUACGGGACUGGAAGUGAUGCAAUCCGCAGUGGAACGGGAGGAGAACACGAAUGGACUAUCGCUGCUCUCCUCCCCAGCUUACCACCGACAUCCAGUAAUCGCUUAUAUGACAUAUGUCGGUAACGUCAAUGGUGACAGUAACUGCAGUUUUUAUAACCUGGAGAAGUCUCUAAACCUGUCAAGUUUACCUUCUGAUGAACGUCCAGUUAGCAACUGGAAAGAUGUCUGUAACGUGUCUCUGGAUUUCAUCUUGUAUACUAUUAUACGUCUGGAUAUGAAUCAACAGGCUAUUACUACAUACAUCUGGUUCCAGAUGACUUGGCAGCAUAAGCUUAUGUCGUGGGACUCUGAGAGGUUUUGUGGAAUUAAUAGCCUUUUCAUUCCCAGCAGUAGUAUCGUUUGGAAGCCUGAUCUAUAUGUUUAUGAAAUGACUGAAAGUGAUCAAAAACCUUCAGUGAUUUCAUAUUUCAACAUGAAAAAUGAUGGAGCCAUCAGCAACUCAUUUCCUUUAAGAGUCGUCAGUACCUGCAAACUGUAUUUAUAUAAGUUCCCAUUUGACACUCAAACCUGUACGAUGACCUUUAGAUCAUAUCUUUAUACAGUUAAAGAACUCGUUAUGCUGGCCAAGUCUGAUUCAUACAGAGUCUUAAAAAAUUCACAGGAAGUGUUUUCUAGUAAAGGAGAGUGGAGCCUUUUAAAUAUCACGGUACAGAAUGAAACCUAUGGCUUCCUGGAUAACGCAUACAGCGUAGUAAUUUAUAAGAUUACAAUAAAAAGAGCCCCUGCCAUCUACAUAAUCAACCUCAUCAUCCCAGCCUGCUUCCUGGUUAUCUUAGACAUCCACAGUAUGUUCAUUCAGUCAUAUAAGUCAAGACUUACCUUCAAAAUCAAUGUCAUUCUGGGGUUCUCUGUGCUCCUGCUGAUCCUGAACAAUAUGUUACCCCCUUCUGAUAGCCUACCUAUGUUAGGUAUUUUCUGCUGUGUUUGCAUAGCAAUGAUGGUUCUUAGUAUAAUUGGAACUAUUCUUUCUUUUUACUUGCUGGAGCACUCUGCUACCCCUCAACAUGUUUCACCAUGGCUGAAAACACUUGUUUUAAAGUACAUGGCACGAGCACUGUGUUUUAAGAAAGAAUUUUAUUCAGAAAAGUUGACCAAGAGUGGAACUCUGGAUAAAGAGACACAGACAAAGGACAGUGGUGAAGUACAACGGAAGAAGGAUUUACAGGAAAAGGACAGCCUAGAGGUAAAGCUGUUGAAGAGAAUGCUGAUAGAAAUCCUUAGGAUCCAAGAGAGGUUUACUCUCGCUAAGAGCGAAGAAGAUGCCAAGUCAGAAUGGUUCAAAGUUGCCAAAGUCAUUGACAGGAUGGUUCUCAUUUUGUACCUUCUUGCUGUGAUGACAGUGCUUAUCAUUCUUAUCUAUGCUUGGGCAAAGUGA